GGCAUAGUUCGUUUUUAUAUCAAUUAAAAACCAUCUCCAUUCACCGACAGACCAACAACAAAAUAUAACAUUUAUAACACUGUCUAACGAGAAAAAGGGAAAAAUCUUUUAAGAACCAAUCUGGUAGCAGAUGACCACUCAACUUAUCUACCCUGUUGAUCUGUAGUCCUGCAGAAAGUGGUAUUGAUUUGAAAAGGUUGUGAUUUUUACAGACGAAAUGGGAGAAAACGGCGGAAAUAGGGGUAUCAUCAUGAAGAAUUUGGAGAAAGGAAGGCAAAGAAACACACCUACUUAUGGCGCCAUGAAGGAUGAAACGAACGAAGGAAUGAAUGAAAACCCUAUCAAUCACCAGAGACAGGUUCUACUAAAAGGAGCUAAAACAAGACUCAUAUUCGCGCUAUUGCUAUGUAUCCUUGUUGUCAUAGCUGAAAUCGUAGGAAGUAUUUUAUCGGGAAGUUUAGCUAUCUUGGCUGAUGCAGGUCAUCUUAUCACCGAUAUAGUCACUUACAUCAUUAGUCUAACUUCUAUCUGGCUUGCACAGAAACCCCCAUCCAAGAGGUUUACAUUCGGGUUACUGCGUGCCGAGGUUGUUGGAGCACUUUUUUCGAUCAUCAUAUCAGUUUGUUUGGCAGUGGUCCUCUCUUAUUUUGCAAUCAUGAGGAUUGUCCAUCAGGAGUUCGAGAUCGAUGGUGAGGUCAUGCUCAUCAUCGGAAUCAUCAACUUCUUCGGGAAUAUCAUACAAAUCAUUCAGCUCCAGUUUGGAUUCUGUUGCUGUACCAGUCAAUGUGGAAGUGCAGAAGAGGGUUUACUGGCUGUCGGCCACGGUCACAGCCAUGGCUCACUAUUCGGUGGUAGUGGCGAUGGAGUCGCUGAUGAUGAAAUCAAAAGACAUAUGAAUGUGCGCGCCGCAUGUCUUCAUAUAUUUGGAGACUGUCUCUUCGGUUUUGGGCUUCUUAUUGGUGCCUUAAUCAUCUAUUAUCAGCCUGGAUUUAAAAUCUUGGACCCUAUUCUAACCAUCGUCUUCGGUGCCAUUGUAUUGAUAACCCUCUCUGGAUUGUUCAGAGAUAGCGUCUAUAUACUCAUGGCGGGUAAACCGAGGAGUGUUGAUUACGAUGAUGCUAAGAGAAGAUUAGUUGAGAUAGACGGUGUUGAGGAUGUCCAUUCUCUCAGGAUAUGGUCUAUGACUUCAGAUGUACAUCUCGUUUGCGUACAUCUUGUUUUAGCUCGUUUUUACGACGGUCGUCCGGUCGAUGGUCCUAAGGUACUCCGCGAAGCUAGACAUAUUCUUGAGACUCACUUCGGUGUUGUUCACUCUACUAUCCAGAUAGAGACAGUUGAAGAUGGUGUGGAAUUCCUAUGUGCAAGGACUACUACUGGACCCGCAUAAGGAGUAACUCCCAACGCCCGUCCAAUCAGCUUUGGUGGUGUCGAGGUGGAGGUUACCAAAGAAAGCUUUUCUGAUUGGUUAAUCGUUUCAUAGUAAUUAUCACACUUUCCAUGAUUUCACAGUGGAUGUCGAUCUAGAUGACUGUGGACUGGAAUGGGGAUGGGAAUGAUUUAGCUCGCGAUUAUCAUGGAUCCUACUAAGACAUUCAUGUUAUCAAUCACCAGUGGCGAUAGAUCACACUUCUAAAUUGAAUUGAAUUUGAAUUGAAUACUCCGACUGGUGAUUGAUCGUUGAUUACUAUAUGGUCGUGGUGACGUCUUAAGAUCGCCUGUUGCAAUCUGUCUCAAAUUGUAUGAAUUUAUCGCCACUGGUGAUAGCACUAUCCAUUGCAAAAAAACAAACAUCUAAAAGCCCUCUUAGGGAUCUACCCUACACAUUUUUUAUAAUGUUGCAAAAAACAAAACUUCCUUCCUCAUAUCUUAUUUCGAAUGAGGGUAUUUUGAUUUAGCAUAUUUAAACCAAUCUUUCCUAACGGUAUCACGUAAUCCAAUUAAUUUGACAAAGAAGUGGUGAGUUACAAAAUAAUAUGGGGCAGUUCGGAAGAAAAUCUAUCGGUAACAGACGUGUGUAUAUAAAGUAGGGUCAUGCAGAUAAUGUUAGGAAUCAUUGUCCGGAGUGUUCGAAUUUCAAAUAUUAUAUUAUGAUUAAUUUCACCUUUCUUUCAAACAGCAUUGAGCAUUAAUAUGAAUGAAAAUUUCGCCAUCAAAAUUUAUGGUAUUAUUAUGUUUUGUUAUUACUAAAGCUGUUUUUGAAUGAUAACACGAGAUAUUGAAACGGGGUUCGAUUUGUCUGACUGGUACGAUGUAAGAAAGAGGCAAUAUUGUUUUAAUCAUAUAAUUUAAAUAAGACAAUCAUGAUAGUAAUCAAUGUUCAUCACUAAUGCUAUAUUUAUGCCUGUUGUAAAUAUGUUUCCCAAUCUGCAUCGUGAAUAUUGUGGAGCGUUGUGGCCCAUGCAGUGGAUUAGUCUUCUGAUUUUGAAACAGAGGGUCGUGGGUUCGAAUCCCAGCCAUUGCGUAAUUUCCUUCAGCAAGAAACUCAUCCACAUUGUGCUGCACUCAACCUAGGUGAGGUGAAUGGGUACCCGGUAGGAAGAAAUUCCUUGAAUGCUUGAGCGCCUAGGCAGCUCAGCUAAAGCCGGGGUAAUAAUGAUAGCAGGGCCCGCUGGUAGAACAGUUUUCGAAACUGAAGUGGCUACCCUGGGUAAAUAUACCUAUAUUGUUAUUAUUAUUGUCAUUAUAAUAUUCGUAAAUUCGUUUAUGUUUUAUGAUUGUACUGAUACUUGUGUUGUAUGCACAACAGUAUUCCAGGUGCCUUAAUGUGCAAUCGAAUCAGUAAAGGACAGGGGAUCCUAACCAUUAGUCAAUUUAUUCUUAGAUUAAAUAAUGUCAAGUUUAUUUUCUUUUUCCUUAAGGGGUGCUUUUUACUGAAAAUAAUGUGAUUUGAACAAAUAAAGAAAAAUGAGAUGAACAAAACACUGAAAUCGCACAAGGAAUAACGAAAUUAUGGCAUUUUAAAGAUUCGCAUUAUUUCUGAGCAACAGCAUGUCUUCACAUUUUAAAUGAGCAAACGGAUGAUGUCACAUCCCCACUUGUUCUUUUGUAUUUUAGGUUCUCAAAGUAGGGGAAAAUGGACUGACAACUGAUAGUGCAUCAGAUAUUCAUUGAUGCAUAUAUUUGUAAGGGAGUCAUACCAUACACAUACGAAACUAAUUAUGAAAUAGUCAGGGGCGGAUCCAGGAUUUUCCAAGGGGGAGGCACAUUUUCCCCACGCAAAUUUGACAAGCAAAAAAGGUCCGCACUUGUUCUUUAUGAGCGAUUAAAUACUUUCAAAAGGGAGGCACACUUGUGUAUGAUCGGCAUAUUUACUUUAAUAAAUUUGUCUGACUCUCAAAAGGGGAGGGGCACACGGGCUGGAUGUGCCACCCCCAUCUGCAUCCGCCACUAAAAGUAUUUAUAAUUUCAUUUGAUAACAGAAAGUAAAAAAGGGGGCCUAAGCUUUCGAUCCUAGCAGAAUCUUCGUCGGAGGCAAAAUGACAAACAUAUAAAGUGGAACAACCAUAAUAUAGACCACAAACAAGCUACAGCAACACUAGAAACAAGGAGACAAAAAGGGGCAUUAGUGAGUAGAGAAGACCAAUCAGGUUAGUGAAGGGGAUGAAAGAAAAGGAGUAGGCAGACACAAAGGGAAGUAGUGUAAGUAAGGCCAAGAGGGAUUAAGAUAAUGAGGCAGGCAACAUCAAACAGGAUCUGGAACAAAACAGUGAUAGAGGGAUGAAUAACAAGAGAAUUAGUGAGAGGUGGGUCAAACAGGUUACAAAGAAAGGCAUAAUAAACUGGUGCAUAAGAGUGGGGGAAAAAAGAAAAAGAAUGGGGAACAACUGAUAAUGUGCAAAAGACAUAUAAGUAUAUAUGAUAAAGCAUUAAACAAACUAAGAGAAGAAGGUAAGUGUAAAUAUGUAUCUAUAAUUGAUAUGUAUAUCAAUUAAUAACAUAAGAAACAGGAAAGUGGGGAUGUGACAUCAUCAGCCCACUCUUCAUAUUCAUGACUACGUAAAUAACUGUUUUCAAGUUUACUGGAUGAGUCAUAAUGUUCAUGAUUUUUUAUUCACAAAACAUUGCUACAUUUUAGAAUAAUUAUGAUAACUUUGUUACUUGUAAUCAGAUUUUGAUGAAAUUUUCUAGAUUUUGCUCCAGAAAUGUUACUUUAUUUAUUUUGAGGUAAUUAUUGUCAGAUCGGAGUACCCCUUGAAUCACCUAAUUUACAUCAACUAAUUUCAUAUUUAUAUAGUCUUAGUACAAUAUUUCUUUUGUUGUGAUUCCAGACCCCUUCGUAAAUUUUGUACAGUGUUACCGGUAAUUAUCAUUAUUAUUGAAAUUAGUUCUAAAACUCUAAGGCUUAUACCCUGUGAAAAUAAAACUAACAUUAAAUGAAUAAAUAAUAAAAUUGGUGAAAAAUAACAGAAAAAAUGCGGUCAUAAUAAAACCAAUUUCCAACAAUGCAAUAAUGAAAAGUGAGGACGGACAUUGAUAGCAUAAUAAUAUAACUUAAAUGAUCUAGAUAUGGUAUUACAAUGUUUGAUAUUGAUAUAUCGAGCAUUUCUUGUGAAAUGAUUUAUGUCCAGAUGUGUCUAACAGAAAACAUAAAGAUGAACUCUUUCCCUCCA